AGCCGGUCUACGAUUGCGCUACUCGCUCUCUUGAAAAGUAAUCAAGACCUCACGACACUACAAAUCUACGCCACGAUGCGGCCAACCGCGCAGUGCCUGGCGCCGGGCUUCUUCAAGCGCAGCCUGGAUGAGUUCAAGCGUCUCUCCAUGUUCGCCCUCAAACUUGAAGGCUUGAAGUCGCCAACCAAGGCACUUCCACUGGUUCAAUUCGAGAAACCAGAAGAUAUUGACUCAUACAAACGCAUGAGCGACAGAGACAUCGGCGGCUUUUCGACCAGCGAGUUCGACCAUCAUCCCGUCACCCAGACUGAACCAUCCCACGUCCGAUGGCAUGGCACCAUAUCCACACAGCUCCCCCAAAACCAACCACACAUUCAGCGAACUGGAUAUGCAGGAUGGCGAUCACUUGACCGGGGGGCUACUAUCUUCGGCAAGUCGCUGUGGGAUGUGAGCAUGUACGGCUUCCUCGCUAUCCAAUUCAAGUCCGACGGACGCAAGUACUUUGUCAACGUGCAGACCGAGUCAAUUGUUCCCACAGAUAUUCACCAGCACCUAUUACAUUCGAAGACGCCUGGGGAGUGGGAGACGAUCCUGAUCAAGUGGAGCGAGUUCGUACGGACAAAUCAUGGACAGGUCGUUGAGCCGCAGAGGGAGAUGUUGACACAAAAAGUGCGGACAGUGGGCAUAUCGUUGAUUGAUCGGAUACCGGGUCCGUAUGAUUUGAGCAUCAGCAAGAUGUGGGCGACGAAUGCAGGACGGGAUGAUGAGAUCCUGCGGAACGUUACAGGAGAAGUCGGAGGUCGACCUACUUGGCAUCCGCAGCAGGUAGACUACAAAGAGAACCUCAAGAGGCAAGCUUCUGCGUUUCAAAAAGGUCAACGAGAGACAAUUACAUAGGCAUUCACAUGCAAAUUAAUGUCAAGUUCGGAUUUUGUCUUGCGAAGUUACCAUGUGCUACACUUCCUUCGCCAAAUGUCUGCUUGAUGAGAUAGUACUCAACAAC